CUCUCUCUCUCUCCCCCCCCCCUCCCCUCUGUGACUCUUGACUCUCACAGGAACAGUUUCUGCUUCAGUCGACACAGACGAACAACUCUGAGAUGUCACUACAGUCAUAGAAGAUGGUUCUGGAGCAUCAUGAUCAUGGAACGGAACACUGUGAAUCAGCCACACAGAACAAGCUCUGGUCACCAGUCAACACAGAGAUUUCAACCACUAGACAGUGAGCCCAGUUCUGAUUUACGCUUCUCAGCAUCGGGAUUGUCAGGGGAUGCACACCACACGUCUCGUCUCCUGCUAGACUGCCCCUACAAACAUGGUCACCUGUGUGAAUGGGCAUGCUGGUGUGGUGACAUCACAGGGUAGCUGGAAAGCAUGGUAGCAGUGAAAAAAAAGAAGCAACGAAUCAUAGAAAAGAACAGUCUGGUUGUGUUUGACCACUGAGACAGCUGAUGGAAUGUUUCAUCAUUAAUGGAAGCAGCAUCUAAAACUGGACCUGAUUUAUCUGAGGUGAACCUGGAGAGAAAAUGUAACAUUGCAUUACCAGCAAUAUUGUAAAAGCACCAGAAAUAAUGUGGUCAAAACUGAUUCUGGGCUUCAUCCUGUCCCUCCUCAUAUUCAUGACUAUCGGUGGGAAUGUGCUAGUGUGCAUGGCUGUCUGCGCCUCUCGACGGCUCCGCUGUCUCACCAACUGCUUCAUUGUGUCACUGGCUGUGACAGAUUUGCUGCUCGGCCUUUUGGUCCUCCCUUUCUCUGCCCUCCUUGAGCUCAGCAAUGACUGGCCACUUGGGCCGGUCUUCUGCAACUUCUACAUCUCCAUGGACAUCAUGCUAUGUACUGCCUCCAUCCUUACCCUCCUGGCCAUCAGUGUGGACCGCUACCUGGCAGUGACCAUGCCUCUGAGAUACACCUCUCUGGUAUUGCCAUGGAGAGUUGCUGUGGCCAUGGUGAGUGUUUGGACAGUGUCUCUGGCAGUGUCUUUCUUGCCUAUCCAUAUGGGGUGGAACACUGUUAAUGGGACAAUUCAGAAUUAUGGUCCUGACGCUCCAGAGCGACAUUGCCGCUUUGAGCUCAAUGGACCUUUCGUGUUGACGGACUCUCUUCUCACCUUCUACCUGCCUCUGCUGGCUAUGUGCUGGACUUACCUCCGAAUACUUCGCAUAGCACGGGCACAAGCCAAGCGCAUCGUCAGCACUCGCCCCACCGUUACUACCUACAACUGCAGGAAUAACCCUUCCACGAGCACCACUUUAGUUUUGAGUGUUACAGCAGUGGCUCUACGGGAGCACAAAGCCACAGUGACACUGGCAGCAGUGAUUGGAGCUUUUGUGGUCUGCUGGCUGCCUUACUUCAUUGUCUUUACAAUAUUAGGGCUAAGAGAGCAUCCAGACCCUAACACAGUACCUGAGUUUUCCAUUGUGUUGUGGCUAGGUUACACUAACUCAGCCCUCAAUCCUAUACUCUACGGAGCCCUCAACAGGGACUUCAGGUCAGCCUACAUUUGUCUGCUGAGGUGUCGACGCCCCUCUUACAGCUGCUGGAGGAACCGACAGCCAUCUCCCACUAUAACAUCAGCAAGAGACCAUUUGACAGAGGUGACACUGCUGUGUGGCCACACUCCUUCUACCUGCCGGGCGGGUCAAACAGAAGAAAUCUUCACGCUACAAGAAAUAAGCAGCGGAACAACUACAGAUGUCUAUGUGGCAAAUGGCACAACAACAACAGACGCCAAUGGCAAUGAAAGCAGGUUGUGCUGAAGCUGUGCUGGUGAAGUGGAAGCUGUUUUCACUAUAGUGACAACCGAGACCCAGAAUCCACCAGCCUGAGGACAAAGAGCAACAGUCAGACUGAAGAUGGAUGCACAUUUACAGACCUUUAAUUUGGAAGCUUUCCAGUUGUGUCACAAUACAAAACCCAUGAUAUACCAUGCAAGUAGAUGACACAGGAACUGUAGGAAUUGCUGCUGUUCUUAUAAGUUCUACAUCCGGACCAGAACAAAUGAACUCACACAUCUUAUGGUAUCAUGUACAUUACAUAAGGUCAUACGUAUGCUAAUAGGAUGAUUUUAAGCAUUCAUUGUUUUCAUAUAUUUCUCUCAUUUCUGUGAACAAAGACUGUGGAUAGCAUCGGUGACAUUUGUGUGUAUUUAUAAAAUAAGGUACAAUGACAAAAUAGUGUACUUCAUGAUUAGUACAGAGCGAUACAGUGACUGUGUUUGUGUAUGUGCUGUGCAUAAAAUUAUGUCUGUUAAAGUGCAUUUGUUUGGCAUAACCAGUUGUUAUUGGUAAAUCUUUGUUCAAAAACAUGACCUGUUGGAAACACAUAUCCCAUAAUUCACCAUAACAGCCCAUGUUAGCAUAGUUGUAUGAAACGGGAAUUAAAGCGUCUGUCAUCUCAUAAGGCGUUCAUUGCUCCAUUAAAACCCAAUUUGCUGUGUUUUUGAUUUUUUCGUGGUUUUUGUUUUAAGUUUUUGUUUUUGUGUGUCUUUGCUGAAAAACAGAAAUGGUUGUAUAUGGCCAAGUCCAAUAUCACCAUAUCACCAAGUUUCAUGAACACUGCUUCAGU